AUGAGAGACUACACAGAUGGCGUGAUCCACCAUGUCAAGCAUUACUCGUCGAGCAGUAUUCCAAGCAUCGAAGAGAUGCUUCAUACUCGGAGAUUAUCGUCUGGUGUCACACCUUUGUAUCAUCUAGUGGAAUUUGCUCAUGAUAUCCGACUACCUGAUGAGGUGUUUGAGAAUCCUGUGAUCCAAACGUUGGAACGUCUUGGUGUGGACUUUGUCUUACUUGCCAAUGAUAUUUUAUCCUACAGAAAAGAAGAGAAUGACGAUUCUCCCUUCAGCAUGGUUGCCUCUUGUCGAGCGGCUGGGCAAUCUCCUCAAGAAGCCUUUGACACGGUGGGCGCACUUCUUGAAGAACGACAUCAAGAAUGGCAGACGGUCAUAGCUGAGCUGCCAAGCUGGGGGCCAGAAAUUGACGCUCAAGUGGCAAGAUAUGUCGAGGGCAUUCAGAACGUGGUCCAAGCCAAUGUCACAUGGAGGUACCGAUCCUUUUAUUUCAGCAAUAUCAAGUACCGAAUCGCUAACAUGUGA